CGAACUACCAAUAACAAUCCAAUCUAUACCAAUGUAAGGACUACCAUUAUUCCUAAACAAGUACGUAACAAUACCAAUCCGAAACAUGUAUGCAUCAAAGGACUACCACUGCAUGAAAGGACUACCACUGCAUCAAAGGACUACCACUGCAUGGAAUGGGGCGGAGGAGGCCUUUGGUGAUGUGGAGGCGGCGGCAGAGGGGAUUGCGGCGAGUGGUAGCUGGGUGUUGGCGGCGGCGACAUUGUUGGUGCUGGCGACGGGAGCUCACAUCCGAGCUUCGAUGGUGGAGGAGGCGGUGGCGGUGGCGGUGGAGUUGUGCAUGGAACUCGGCGGUCGCCAUUGAUGCAACGUCGGCGAUGAUGCAACGCCGGCAAAAAAAGGUGGACUUCGAAGUGUACACGGCGGCAGAAAUAGGGCCGGCCAAAAAACGUGGCAUUCUAAAAGCCCUACGCUGAUUAAACUACCUAAUAAUUAAUUACCGUAAUUAUCUCUUCCUAAUUAAUUGCGUAAUUAAAAUGGUAGUUUGAAUUAGGAUGGAAGCAAAAUACCCUUCUUAUCCCUAGUAACCACCGUGGUUACUAACACGAAGUAUCCACCAUAACCGGUCCCUGGAGUGGGUUUGGUUGAAACUCUUUUCUUCAUCGUCCGGCCAUUCGGGUGGUGGAUCUUUUUCCUCUGCUUCCUCUAUCUCCAAAGUGGAGGCGUUGAUUGGUUCCGAGCGGCGGCGGCGGUUUCGAUGUCGACGACGUGGUUCUAGAUGGGAGCAGUGGCUGCUAGGGUUGGGGUUAGUAGAUUAUGUUUUGGUCCUGGACUUUGGGCCCUAUUGGGUUUUGGGUUCUGGUGAGCCUUGUUUUUUCUGAUUUUCAACUCAUGUAGUUCACUAUUUGUAUUUUUUCCUUUGGGCUUGCCCAUUGCUUUCUAAAUGAACCACACUUUAAAAAAAAAAAAAAGAAUCAUAGGGAUGCUGAAAAUUCAGUGCGGUCUUUUUCAUGAAACUCGCCCCAAAACUUUUUAAAGCAACAUUUGACGGCCAUUAAUGAUGAGAUGGUAGGGAUGGCAAACCCGCCCCGCCAAAUUUUACCCGACCUGAUCCGUGAUGAGGUUGGUGCCUGGUAUUACCCGACCCGUAGUAGCAUAGGGUGGGGCAUGGGUAUCUACUUCCGACCUGCCUUGCCAUGCCCCGACUCGUUCUUGGCCCAUUAUGUCUCAAUUUCAUACAGUAUAUAUUCAUACUUCUCAUAUUUUGACUGUUCUUCAACUAAUUAGACUCGAUAUUUCAACUAGUUAGACUCAUUUACUCAUUCUAUUAUCACUAUUUUCAUUCAUAAAGUGUUUUCCCCUUCGUUUUAUCAAGAAAGUGAAUUUCGCAUGUAUUUUUUUCAAAUUGCAUGUAAGAGUUGGUCAACCUGUCCCGCUCCGUACCCACACAGGUAUUACCCCCCACCCGCAGUAGCGUGGGGCGGGGCAUGGUUCAAGAUAGGGUGUAUAACUUUAGGGUGCUUAACAUGAGUAACCAAAUCUGGACCCUUCUUUUAAGUGGCUGCAGAUCUAAGGGUUGUAAAUUAAAGACAUUUUAUUUUUCUUAAUAGGAUCAUAGCUUCUUCAUUCUAACUCGGAUUUCAAAUUUUUUUGCAUAGAUAGAACGAGUUCGUUGUGCUCUACAAAAUGAGGCCCUAUCGAUUAGUAUUACACAGAAGAAAUCAAUGCUAGACACUAAUAUAAUUCGAUCUGCUCUUCAUAGACAAACUUGGGAUUUGCGAUCCAUCAAUAUUUUCCGAGAAUUUUUUUUAUACCUCUCGUUACCAACUCCACACCAUAUGAUAUCUUCUUCGUUUUUAGUCAUUUUCAGAAAUUUUUGCACAAAAGAAACGAUUUAAUCAUGAUCUAUUGGAUUUCAAAAAAAAAUAGUGAAAAUUUUUUCAUACCUCUCGUUACCAACUCCAUAUAAUAUUAUACCACCUUGGUAUGGGGUGGUAUUUCUCAUACCAUAUGGUAUGCUCUUAUUUAAUACCAGUCAAUAUCAUAUGGUAUAGACUGGUAAAAUUGGCCCAAAGUUUUUUGUUCUAAAAUAUAUCAAAGUGGAUAUCAUUUUGAAGAGCACAAUUAAUCUGAUCUAACUGUGCAUAAAAAUUUAAAUUCCUA